GUGAUGGUUUGGAUCCACGGCGGUGGUUACACACUGGGUACAGCCCGUACCUAUGGGGGAGAGGUGCUGACGGCGUAUCACAGUGUCGUCAUCGUCACCAUCAACUAUCGUCUGGGCCCGCUCGGAUUCCUACAGACACUGGAGGACGAGGCACCGGGAAACUUCGCACUUCUAGACCAGGUCAAGUCGCUACAGUGGGUACAGAACAACAUCAGGAACUUCGGAGGGGACCCUGACCGCGUGACCAUAUUUGGGGAGUCAGCUGGAGGCUUCAGCGUGGCGUUCAACGUCAUGUCUCCCCUGGCAACCGGACUGUUCCACCGGGCCAUCUCGGAGAGCGGCGCGGGGCUGAUGCCGGUUAAGGAGAAGGGCGACAUCUCAGGGACACAGACCAUCGCCGGUAAACUUGGCUGUGACGUCAAUCACUAUGGCAACAUGAUGCGAUGCCUUCGAGGCAAAACUGCAGAUGAGAUCCAGGGAGCAGCAGCUGUAGGCCUGCCGUACUUAGUGAUUGACGGCCAUUUUCUUCCCGAACAUCCCUGGCACCUGAUCCAGAAUCACCAGCUGAACCAGGUAGACUACCUUCUCGGCACGAACAAUGACGAGUUCGGCUGGCUGCUGUCCCUCACGCUGUCACAUGUGGACGCAGACGGGAUGAACAUGACCGAGUUCCGAACCAUCGUGCCUGUGGACCUGGCCGUGAUGACGGGCGGCAUAUAUCCAAAAGGAGACGCCAGCACACUGGUACCACGAGUCUUGCAGGAAUAUCGCGACCCUGACAGACCAGACGAUCCCAUCGCGAUACGGGACCAGUACCUGCAGUUCCUGACAGACAUGUGGUUCACGUCCUCUACUGUCAUGGUGGCUCAGGCUCAGUCAGAACAACCAGUCAAGGUUUUCCAGUACGAGUUCCAGCAUCGCACGUCCCUCCUGUCCCUCAAGCCUGAUUACGUCAGGGCUGACCACGGGGAUGACUUGUGGUACGUGUUCGGCAGUCCUCUCCUGCAGAACGUCACUUCCGGAACCUGGCUGUACGCCAUGACGGAACAGGAGCGGGAACUGAGUAGGGACUUCAUGGCGUACUGGGUCAACUUUGCCACCAAUGGAGACCCAAAUGACUCUACAGGGUCAGCACGCAUGCGUCCUUUGACACGCUGGCCCCGCUACACGCCUUCCUCCCAAGCCUACCUGAAACUCGACGUGACGUCAUCUGCUGACGUAGCACUCAGGAGGUCCCGGAUGAAGUUCUGGAAUGAAGAGGUGCCGAGGCUGAUGGGAAUGACGUCAUCAGAGCCAACCAGCAACGCAGCAAAACUUCACAUAAGCAGUAUUGUAGUGAUAUUGUCUUUGGUUUAUGCUCUAUCAGCAUUCUUGUGAGACAGCACAUAUA